CAUGGCGGCAACUUGACAACGGCAGCGAGAUGAAGACGGUGAGAGCUUGAAAAAGAAAAGAGGUCUGUUACAGGCUGUAGGCCCAUCCGCCGACAUAAAGGCAGACUGCUUCGCCAUGUUGGAAGAGGAUAGCGCCCUUGUCCCUGCACGACCGAGGCCAGGGAAAACGUAAACGCGUCGGUGAGUGUUUCUAAAAACGGAGUCGAGGCUACGCAGAGGAGCGGAGCGGCGCGGCGCGGAGCUCUGGGCGGGCGGGAGGACAGCGGCUUCACCGGUCAGCCAUGGAGGAUGCGGCCCGUGGUCGCCAGCGUCUAAUUUCCCAUCCGGCCCACGCUCAUUUUAAUGGGAAUUACCGCUGAACGCAAAGGCAAGCCGGGACAACCCACCACCUGACAUUUGAGGGGAAGAAAACGCGAAGCGGACCCCACGUCAAUGACUGUUGCGGCAGAGGAGCCCCCACGGUGGAGUCGGCCGGUUCCCAAAAUAUGACCAGGGGUGCUGGGACGUGUUGGCAGCAAGAAGAUGACGACGGCUUCCAAAUCUGGCUAGAGCCCCCCCGCGACAACCAAAAGCCAUUCACCGACUCAGAGAGGGCGCAGAGAUGGCGACUGUCCUUGGCAUCCCUCUUGUUCUUAACCAUCCUCCUCUCUGAUCACCUGUGGUUCUGCGCCGAGGCCAAACUGACCCGGACCCGGGUCAAGUUCGCAUCCUCCCACCUCCUCUCACCCCAGACCCACUCAGCACACAGCAGCCUCAGAGGAAACCCAGAUGCUAUUUUUAUAGGAAACUCUACCAAACAUUUGUGGCGGCUUGAAACUUGCCACCAGGAGGAUAGUUUAUCUAAAAACUGCUUUACUUUCGCAGAUGCCGACCAUUUGUGCGGGGGCCUUUCCGACAAAGAGGGGACGCGGGCUGUAAAUAUGAGCGAUUUGUACCUUUCCUUUUGUAACUCCUACUCUCUGCUGGAUUUGUUCUACGGGUCGACAAGUCCGGACAAUUUGAACUGCAGCCUCGACGUGCUCGGCGAUGGCGACACGACCAGAUGCAGCCUGUGCGUCCAGGCGUACCAGCGCUACGACCAGCACGCCCAGGAGAAAUACGAGGACUUUGAGCUCCUGACUCAGAAAUAUGAGCCGGGGGCAUAUUCCGUGAGGACGUGCAUGGAGCAGUGCAAGACGGCCUAUAAGCCCUGGCUGUGCGCUCAGUAUUUCCCCACCACCCAGCUGUCCUGUCAGAGGAAGGUACCGUGCCACCAGUACUGCCUGGAGGUCCAGCAGAGCUGCCCGUUCAUCCUGCCCGACAACGACGACCUGAUCCACGGCGGCAGCCCGAGCUUCAUCUGCACAGGGCUCUUGGCAGAUCAUGUAUCAGACAAUGAGGCGGAGUGCUGCGACGUCCGAUGGGACUCCAAAAUGGACAGCCCUUCAGGCGGGACACUAAAAAGGACUGCUUCUUCCUGCCAGCCCGAGGGGGCCUCGGUCACCUCCGCUGCCACCCCGAGACUGUGCAGCGGUCGGCUGAAGAUCUGCCUGCUGGCCCUCGUCCUCCUACACACUGUCAUCAUCAUUUCAGCCUCCCAUAAUUCAACGUUGGUGGGCGUGGCUGCCAUUUUCUCGCCAGAGGAGAGUGCUUCUAACGAGGAGUGAACCUUGGGGUCGAAUCUGGUGCUCGCUCGAGAGGAUUAUGGCUUUUACACUGUCGUGGCUGCCAGGGACACAUCUGGCGAGACAUGCUGGAGACGCCUCUACAAUCUGCCGCAGAUGAACCAUCAACCACAGGAAGUGGGAGGGUUUUAACUGGAGCUAAGGGUGCUGGGAUUGGACAUGGACCGAAGAUGUUUGAGAACCGCCCCCCUAAAGAACUGACCUCUUGCCACUUAAAACCUGCUCAUUGUUUCUAUUCCAUCCAAAUGUUUUCUAGCAUAUUGUCCCUCCUCUUCUCCCCUCCCUUCUUCCCUCCCUCCCUCCCUUCCUGGCGUUUUCGGAGUGUAUGGAUGGCACGUCAGAGGAAAAAUGGACUUUGAUGAAGUGUGCGCUCUCACUCAUCAUUACCUUUAGAUUUUUUGCUGCAUUUCUUUCAGGUGCCAGAAUGUUUUUGACAUAUCAACUUGUGUUCCACUUCCUUCUCUCCAUCACCUUCUUACUACCUUGUAUGUGAUGUUGCUCGAGGGCCUGUCAGGACCAGCUCAUCCAUCACUCAUGUGGGUCUUCUGAAAACAAAAUGUAUGUGAUUCUUCUAUAUUCUAAUGUUCGGCUUGUAUUUUGUCCCACUAGAUCUUUUCUCGACCCCUAACGACGAUACAUGCCUACACGUUUUAGGACCUUAAGUGCUCUGAGACUGGCUCGCUUUCUCUUCUAACUUGUUGGGCCAUUGAGCAAGUUAGGAGCGAUGGAGCGGCGAAGGUAGUGACGCUUCAGCUGGUGAUUACAGGAGUCGAUGCUGAGCACAGGAAGUGGCGUUCUCUGCUUUCUGAAGUGUCUACUUUACCUCAUACGGUAGUGUCAGUGUUGCAGACAAGCGGCCUUGUCUUAACGCCACAAAGAGUAUUUAGAUCCAGGGACACUAGAGAACAGUUGCAUGAUGCCAAAACACCACGGGCCUCAUUUAUCAAGCGCACGUACGCUCGUCUCCACACACAGAAUCACACUUAUCACUUUCUUCUUUCUGUUUUUUAUCUGGGAACACAAUCUUUCAGAAAAAGAAAUUACUUUAAAGUCACAGUAAAACGGAAGUUAGAGUAUCUUUAUUAAAUCAUCCUACAGAUGUGACCGGGUCACUCAGAAGUGGACGCAGUUUAGCGAAUACAGCGAAAUACAAAGCAUGGGAGCUACCUCCACCUCCUCCUCCACCUCCCAGGAGGAGGAUCAGGGUUAAAUGAAUAAACUAGAAUGGCACUCGGAGAGCAAAGACCCCGCCAAGGCCAAAGGUGCAUUCACAUGCUCCUCGGACACUCCCAUGUCCAGAGUGGUGAAGUCGUCUUUCGAUCAAUCUGACAACACAUGAAAGCAGCACAAGGGAAACAUAAUUUGUGUAUCCACCUCGUGCUUUCGGAUCCGCUCCAUAAUGUAAUGGGUUCUUCCCUGGUCCGUGCUUCACCCUUGUAAUCCUGCUGACAGACAGACAGAGCCGUCGUCGGUGGAGGUUCUUAGACUUAAAACAUAUUUUUGAAAAACCUUUUUCUAUGAGAAGUAAGUGUUCAUAGUACUUCUAAAACAGAAAAGUGUUUAAAUGAUAAGUGUACUGUUAAUUCGGCUAAUUUAAAACACAGUAGUGUAUAUGUUGUCUAAAAGAGAGCAGCAAAUUAAAUACACCCGGCGCUGAAAGUUGGCGGAGAGGGUAAAGAGCCAGAAACGUAUUUUCUAUAAGAACGGAGAACUUUAAUAUCGGCAGGGAAAAAAGAAAAUGUUAAUAAAUGAAAGUUCCCAGAGAAACAAAUGAAUUGUAAAACGUGUAGAAUUGUUGUGGAACAUAAUGUAACGUACAAUAAAACCAGCAACACAGACGUGGGCCCGCCUUCUUGUUUAUAGACGGUUCCUUUGCACACACGGUGAACGUGUCCUACGCUUGAUAAAUGAGGCCCCGGAUCUUUGAGUGCCUCUCUGCUGCGUACGCCCAGUGAGGCAGAUACUGACAAUGGAGCAAUAUAGAGAAGGAAAAAAAACAGCCGGUGUUAGUGCCCUACUUUGUGGCAUCUUCACUACUGUCGCCUCGGCUUUUCUGUAUCGCAGGGAAGGUGAAAGUGACCAGCCAGCCAAUCAAUCAAUCAAUCAAUCAGUCCGUCGACUCUUAAAUACCCUUAGACGAGCUGAUCUACCGCUAUCUUUCACAGGCUAGCAAAGGGCUGUGUUAGUGUCGGAGUGUGAGGAGUUUUAAAGGGCUGAUCCAUCCCAUUGUGUUCAGUUUUUUGUUUUGCAUCGUUGCCGCCAGUGAAGUCACGAGGACUUCCCCUUUUUAAGAUUGGACAGGAAAAGAGAUCCAAAAUAUUAAAAAUCUGAUACCAUGAGCAACUAGUGAUAAACCAAAAAUGAAAGCGAACGAAGCCGUUUGUUUUGUCCAUGACAGAUUGGAGUUUCACCUCCAAAUUGUUCUCGGCUGUGAAAACGCGGUAUCCCCAUUAACAGCUUACCUCGCUUCACAUCACGCAACGACCAUCAGUUUGCUCUUUACACACCUACAGAGUGGGAUGUCACGUGGAAGUCAAGUCUACACUUGCCUCUGGAUUUUCAGACCCCCCCCCAGUUUACUCUCUUUUGCUUGAUAUUUUCCUGUGAUGUGUUGUUUCGUUGGUUUGUUUUCCUUGACAAACUCAACGACAAGAACUACAUUCCCUUGAAGACAGCAGCGGAUGUAACAGGCCCACACUUUGUGCUUCGUCCCUUCGAUUUCUAGCUGUUCACCAUCUGAGUCCUGUGGAUCUAUGCAGAUGAACCCCACACCCCCCUACCCUCCUUGACCACCACCACCACCACCACCCUACCUGACCACCACCACCCCACCCUUGUCCUUUCUGUUGUAAAUAUGUCCUGAGGAUGUGGGAUCCCAAAAUGGCCGCCCCUCCUUCCUGACCCCCCCCCCUGCCCCCCUCCCUCCCUCCCUCCCGUUGGAAUCUCACUGUGUUUUCUGUUCGCCUCCUUGGUUUUUGUCUGUUUUUUGAGAUUUUUGCCGCAUUUUUCUGUUGUCUAAAGCAGUGGUGUGAGUUGAUGAGUAGGACUAAGUUGGAUGUUAAAAAGACGAGAAAAAGAGGUCUUGAGAAAAAUAUACAAAAAAAUGAAGCUUGAAUUGAGAAAAGGGUUCAAA